GUGACAUCUUACAUCAGAAUUAUCAGAAAACAUUUAGGUUAUUGUUACAACAAUAAACACUGUUCAAAAAAAACUUUUUUAUUAAAAUGUUAACACUUAGGAAUAUUGUUACAAAAUUGCAAAUACAUUCGAAACAAGUAACGUAUUGUACAAAGGCUAUCGUCGAGCAAACUAGUCCAAUUAUUUCUAAAAGAAGUUAUGAGAAUGAAAAUUAUUUUUACCAAAAAUCACGAGAAGUAUGGCUAGAAAAUAUAGAUACUAUUGAAAGGAAAAAAUUAGGGCUUGUGUUUCUACAUCCAGAUGUUUAUGCAGCGUCUCCUAGGAUAGAUAUAAUUCAGGAAAAUAUUCGCUGGCAAAAAAUGUAUCGCUUUGUGUGCUAUGCACAUACAAAAAUACGUUCCGAAGUAAGAGGUGGUGGUAGAAAACCAUGGCCACAAAAGGGACAAGGUCGUGCCCGUCAUUCAAGUAUACGUUCUCCAUUAUGGAGAGGUGGUGGUGUAGUACAUGGACCUAGAUCUCCUACAACUCAUUUCUACAUGCUACCCUUUUAUACCCGGAUAGCUGGACUUACAUCUACAUUAUCUGUCAAAUUGGCUCAAGAUGAUUUGUAUAUUAUUAAUGAUUUAGAAAUUCCAUCCAAUGAACCUUUAUAUGUUCAAGAAUUAAUAGAAAAGCGACAUUGGGGUCCUUCAGUGUUGUUUGUUGAUACUGAUGAUAUUAUGCCUAUAAAUAUCACAGAAGCUACGGAUACAAUAAAACAUGUAAAUUUAAUGCCUGUAUAUGGGUUGAAUGUCUACAGUAUGUUAAAACAUAAUACAUUAGUUCUUACAGAAAGAGCUGCGCGUUUAAUUGAAGACAAAAUAUUGUAUCAUUUACAUAGACCAGAUUCUCGUAAACUAAUGUCAAAAUUUAAAGUUAAUCAACAAUAAAAAUUAAAAAAUAAAGAAUAAAACA